AUGAGCUUUGAAGGCAACCUAGCAUAUAUACCGACCGAGGAAGAGAUUGAGACAGCCUGGUGGCUCUUCUUCGGCUGUCAGUAUCCAACACAACCCAUGGACAAUAACGGUAGCUUCUCUGGUACACCGACUCAGAGCACUCCCCUCGCAAACAUACCCAGACAAGGCCAAGCCUCAAACACAGUCAAGAUGAUUGAACCUGUUGACGAAAAGCUGGCACGAUCGGAUCACCAUUCGCGACAAGGGAUGCGAAAAUCAGGUGACAGGGCGAAGAAGUUUAGCCAGAAAAACGCUGCGAAACCAAAGAGUCCCUCACAAAGUGCCGCGACGACCACGAGCACGAACAGGACGCACGGCAAGCGCGUCAAGAUUGUCACGGCGGGCCAUGCUCGCCGUGCGGUCGACAGCGGCCCAAGCGAGGACGAGGAUGAGAACUACUUCCUUCAAGGAGGUAGUGGGGGUAUAGCUGGAAGAACGCGCGAGGAUGCUAUUGCAUACGACGAGCGACGCUACGGGUCCAGUCACAAGGGUGUCGAUGGGAUCGUCCUCGAUGAGACAAGAGAGGCGGCGACAGUGAUUCCCAUCGAGGAACUCCUCGCGACCGCGUAUGCGAAGAAACCCAGGAAAUCGCGAGCGAGCCAAUUCGACCAUAUACGUGGUCUAGGCAAGCAAUAUGUCUCGGUGGCGCCAAAGUCGCGCACGGGCAUGUCGACGAAAUCGCGUCGCCAGUUCCCACACGAGGAAGAGGCUGACUCGGACUGGGAGAGCAUCGGCGAGGACCCAACAGAGGCCUGGGACUACAACUCGGAAUGGCGCGCUGAGAUGGGCGACAUUCUGGGCGAGACGACGAAUCAGAAGAUGAGCUACCGUGACAUCACCGCCGCGGUCGUCUCCAUCGACUCGUCCCUAGGGAGCGAAAGUGCCGCGACUGAGAAGACGGACGACCUCCCGUGA